AUGCAAGAUUCACCCAGUUCCCUGGCAAUGGAUGGAUACUCCAGUAAUGUGCCAGCAUUCCUGACUAAACUGUGGACGCUGGUGGAAGAUCCUGAAACAAACCAUCUAAUUUGCUGGAGCACUAAUGGCACCAGCUUCCACGUUUUCGAUCAAGGUCAGUUUGCCAAGGAGGUGCUGCCUAAGUAUUUCAAACACAACAACAUGGCCAGCUUCGUCCGGCAGCUGAACAUGUAUGGCUUCAGGAAAGUGGUAAAUAUAGAGCAGGGUGGCCUUGUCAAGCCUGAACGUGAUGACACUGAGUUCCAGCAUCUUUAUUUCCUACAAGGCCACGAACACCUCUUGGAACACAUCAAAAGGAAGGUCUCUGUUGUGAAAAGCGAGGAAACGAAGAUGCGCCAGGAGGAUCUCAGCAGGUUGCUCUAUGAAGUCCAGAUUCUGAGAAGUCAGCAGGAGAACAUGGAGUGUCAAAUGCAGGACAUGAAGCAACAGAAUGAAGUCCUGUGGCGGGAAGUUGUAUCUCUCAGGCAGAAUCAUUCUCAGCAACAGAAAGUGAUCAACAAGCUGAUUCAGUUUCUGUUCGGCCAGCUCCAAUCAAACCCCAGCGGCGCUGGGAUAAAGAGAAAACUACCUCUGAUGUUAGAUGAUGGAAGCUCAGCGCCACAAGUGUCCAAGUUCAGCCGACAUUUGUCUGUGGACCCUCUUCAUGAUUCCUAUUUCAUUCAGUCGCCAUCUACAGAACCUGCCUCGUGCUUAACCAGUCCUGCUAUUGCUGGAGGGCCAGUCAUAUCGGAUGUUACUGAAGCAUCACCACCAAAUGUCGUGUCGCUUCAAUCUCCUCCAGAGGAUGACAGGGGAAAAUGCCACAUGCUGAUCAAGGAAGAACCAGUUAGCCCUGGAGUGAAAGCCACAUCUGAGCCAGAUGUCUCUCUGCCUGGUUGUAGUGCCUGUGCUGAACCCCCUGUGUUACCAGUCGCAAUGGUUCAGUCUGUUUUAGAAGGCAAAGGGAGCUGCGGGGCGCCACAGUCUGCAAGUUCACAGCAACCCGAAAGAAGAGGCAGAAGGGCACCUCUAGACAGAACAGAAAUUUCUGACCCAAUGGAUGGCACGGAGUUGAGUUUAGAAGGCCUGCAGCUGCUGCUGAGAAGCCAGCAGUAUAAUCUGGAACCUGCCAGCGUUUUGGAUGUCUUUAAUCCAAAUCUUUCAGUGAGUGAGUGGAAUCUGACUGACAUGGAAGCCAAUUUUUCACCGAUGCAGCAACUCACAGUGGAUCUGGAGAAGAAUGUAAAUGAGCCGUCUCCCAAAGUGUUAAAUCCUCACUUUAACACCACCUGCUCAGGGAAAGAUGUCAUUCUUGAAUGCACCCAGCAGUUUCCCAUUGAGUGUGAAGCAGGCUUCGGGAGCAACAUUGUAAACCUACCUGAAAGUUCAGCUCUUUAUAUUCCAUCUGAAAAUAUGGCUUCCUAUCUGUCCUCUGUGGGUCUCCAAGGAGAUAUCCCAUUAAACCUGAACUCUCCAACUGAAAGUAACUAGUGAUCUAUUUAGCUUUACAAGACAAUUGUGCCUUUUACUCCCUUACAAAACAUCUACAGUUUUGAAUGUAAAGAAACAACAGUGACUUAGAAACACACAAAAGAGUGGUUGCUUUUUUUUUUUUUUUUUUUUGAAUUGAUGGAAAACUCAGCCACCAUAACUGUUUGCACUGCCCAAUGUUUUCCAGUGUUUACCCAAGACAAAUUUUACAAUGGGCAGUCUUCUUCCAAGCAACAAACUGCAAUCAUUGCUCACUCCCGUGGGGAGCAAGGGUUUGUUAUUUCCUUUACUCACAAAAGCAGUUAAUCUUCUUCAUUUGUUAUACUCUGUAAGAAAAGCGUCUAAGAUUUUAACAGUAGAGUAAAUGAUAAAACUAUGUCAUGGACAUUGAAAAAUAAAUCCGCACUGGCUAAUGUAAUAUAAAGACAGAUGCAUGGAUUCCAAUGGAGCAGCAAAGAGCAGUGUGUAUAUGCAUGGGGCCUUGUGAAUGCCUAGUUACAGGAAAUCAGUCCUGCAACUGGUCCACCCCCUAAAAGUGUUUUCUUUUUUACCCAUUUCCUUCUUUUGAUUUGAUGAGAUAUACUCGUAUCUCUCCCUUAUCCUCACAGUUUAAGCAGGAUAUCCUGAAUUUUCACAUCCCUCAGUUGAUGUCAAUCUGUGCAGGAGAUAGUACUUUUUCUGAAGGCCCAUCCUAGAUUGUGAAAGAAACUCCCAUAGAAACUAAGGACCAUCAUAAACCAUCUUCCGUUCCAAGUGCAAGAUGCACUUCUUUGACCUGCCUUCUCCAACAUCAGCACUGAGCAGCAUGGACAUUUAAUUUUUUUUUUUAAAACCUACCAAACCACAACACUCCACUGCACACAGAAUUCUCCCCCUGGGAAGAGGAUGAGACAGAAUGAACCAGAUGUGACAGAUGUUAGUCACAUCUCUUAAUGCAAUUCUGGAAGGCGCUCAGAUACUACUGUGAUGAGAGCAGUAUAAUAACCUAUAUAGAAUAGUAGAUAAAAUAGGACAAAGGGCUGGAUAUAAUUUUGGUUUUCAGUGGCGUUUCAAUACCUUGCAUGCUUAUCCAGUCUAAUCUGCUGUGUGUUCGCAUUGACCUGGAGGUUAUUCUGAGUCCCCUGAAUAAGAUUUUGCUAGCCUGUUGCUUUAUUCAUAUACGCAAAUGAGAGGACCCAGAUUUCUUUAAUGGGAUCCUGAUUGAGUGAGACUUUCAGUGCAAAUACCUGUUUGGGGGGGAGGAGGGCUGAGAGGUACAGUGUACUCUGCCCACUAGCUUUUCUUCUAUUCUUUGUCCAACCUAAACCAGCCUCCAAACCUCGAAUCAACCUUCUCUUUCAUGUGGUUUCUGAAGACUAAGUUUCUCAACAAAGCAGAGCUUUGUUUUUCAUACCGUAGUUCUAGUGUUACACAAGGGAUUUAGUAUGGAGAAUCGGAAAUUUACUGUGUAUCAGAUAUUUCAGAAUUUUCUAAAUAAGUUGCAUUUCCCUAGAGGAAUUACUGACCCAAAUAUCUAGUAAUUCAGACCUAACUUAGGCCUUCAAGCUGAAACAGAAAGGAAAGGCAUAAGCCAUGCCAAUGUCAAAUGAAAGAAGAACCCUGCCUACUCUUACUGCCAUGACGAUUCAUGGUACCGAACCAUGUGUCUGAGCAAUUUGAAUGGUCAAGUGGAAUCCAUCCCAAAAUAUUUAUUGAGAUAAAGUAUAACGGCUGUCAAAUUCUCCUAAAUGGGAAAAACACACCAAAUUUUAAAUGGACUUUCCCUCAGAGCCAUUUCCUCCAUCGAUUUAUCAAUAAAUAAAGAGCUCAAGAGUUGAGAAACAUUGUGCUGGUUAACAAAAUUUUGGCCAUCUAACUUAAUACUGUGGGUGCUACCAUUGUGAGUUUCACUGAGUACCUCUAUCCACUACCCCACAAGGUACAGUCCUUUAAGAAAUGGUGAUGUAGCAGCAUUUCCAUAAAUUCCAUCUGGUAUUUCUGUGCUUGUGACUCAGGGAAGCCCAUGGCAGUCCCCACUAGUUUGGUAUUUAGAAAAUAUACCCAGUUGGACCAGGUAUGAUUCAUUUAUACUGAGAAGUAAAGAUGGUUCUUUGAUUAUCUGUGUCUCAUUUUCAGCAAUGAACUGAGCUGAAAUUUAUUGAGUUGAUUUUUAUUCCGUUUACUUAUUUUCUUUUAUUAGAAAACUUAAAAUUGGCUGGAAGCUUGUUCCACCUGACAAACUGACGGUUCCUUAUUCAAGGACUAUUUAAUCGCCUGGAUCUUUACACACAACUUCCAUUGAAAUUGGUCUUUGUGUGUGUGGCAGUCUAAAGCCCUUAUUCAGUGAAGUAAUUAAGCACAUGCUUGAUUUAAACCACCUGAGUAAUCCCAAUGAAGUUGAUGGGAUAUCACAUGCUUAAAGUUAGGCACGUGCUUAAGUACCUUUCUGAAUCAGAAUCCAUUCGUGGUAGGAAAAUGAACCAUAUUAGGAUAGCUACUUGCAAAUAGGAAUAGACUAAACACAAUCCAAAAGAAUGAGCAAUUCCAAACAAGCUCUUAUAUAAACAGUUAGAUUCUAGCCUUCAUACUGCCAAACAUUAUACUGCGACUACUGCCAGCUGCUACUCUGGGAAGAGUCCCUCUUUUUCUUUAGACCUCUUGUUCUAUUCUAGGCAUUAGAUUGGAAAUUCAUGGUAGAAAGGAACCCCUAGGAACAUUUUUCUGAAAUCUCCCCUGCAAGGAAGUGUGACUGUAUUUCCUGGCUUUUUACACUUUGUUAACUUUACUUGAAGUUGAUGCAUUGAGACUGCAUUUUUGCACUAUGCUGUACAUUUGUAAAGUUUUACAGAGAACACUAAUUAAAUACAUUUCCUUUUUCUCAUUUA